AUGACACGGGCAAUCAAUUUGUGGGUAUUUGUUUUCUACGUGGCACAUACAUUUUGUCAAAACCGUUUCCAGUCUGUUACAUACGGCGAUGGGAUUUAUGCUACUGGAGAGGAAUACACAGACACCGUAACGCUCAACCCUGAUCUGAUCAUCAGUGAUCAAUCUAUUGGCGUCGCAUCUAGUCACUCAUAUCUGGAUGGUACGGAUGGAGUUCUUGGCCUCGGACCGGUCGAUUUGACGGUUGGCAUCGUCAGUAAUGGAAAUGAAGUUGCAACUGUGAUGGACAACCUCUAUACGCAGAAAAUUAUCAGUUCGGAAGUACUCGGAGUGUUCUUUGCACCUGCUUCCUCUGACGAUAGCGGCGGUGAGCUCACAUUCGGCGGUUAUGACGCCUCCAAGAUUACUGGAGACAUCAGCUAUGUGCCGAUCACAUCAAUAUAUCCAGCGAGUAUGUAUUGGGGCAUUGAUCAGUCCAUCAGCUAUGGGUCUACGUCCAUUUUGGCCGAGACAGCUGGUGUCGUUGAUACCGGAUCCACCUUCAUUUCCAUUGCAACUGAUGCCUUCGACAAAUAUCAGUCUGCUACGGGGGCAACCCUCGAUGAGAGCACUGGUCUCUUACAGAUCUCACCUGACCAGUACAACCAGCUCUCAUCCUUGUAUUUCACUACUGCCAUUGGCGGGACCACCGACGCCAUAUACCUGGUCAUCAGUUCCACUGACACCCCCUCUGGUUUUGGCCUGGAUUUUGUGAACGGCUACUGUUUCCUCGAGCGGUUUUACCCGGUGUAUGAUACGACGAACUCCCGAGUCGGGUUCGCCACCACUGAGUAUACCCAUGCCAUGACAAAUUAACUACAGUCCUUCAAGAAAAUCAUACGCCCGGGGCCACAUCAACCCCACAAGAACAGUCGGAACCGUUACUUACAUAUUUCGUCACAUUCAUUUAACCCUGUUGAUAUUACGUACGAGUCGUACUCGUGAACAAUGUGCUUACAUAAAUAACUUGAGCCAAUUGAGG